AUGUGCCAGCAAGUAUCUGCAGGGAAAAGUGUGUGGCAUAAAGUCUGGUCCUCAGGAAGGAGUGGAGUCUUAGUGUUAUUACUUUCCUAUCUACCUUAUAGUGUCAGCUCAGUGUGCCCACCACCCCCAGAACCAGAGAAUGGUGGAUUCAUGUGUCACCCUCCACACUGUGAAAAGUCGUUUACGUCUGGUAGUGUCAUAGAGUACUUCUGUGCCGAGGGGUACAUGCUGAAAGGAGACUACAAGUUCCUAACAUGCAAGAAUGGUGCUUGGAGCCCACCUAUGGGAGUUAGUUGUAGACUGAACCAAGAAACCAGUAGAAAUACCAGCCUUGGGGUCCCCACGCUUUCCAUUGUUGCCUCAACAGCCAGCUCCGUGGCCCUCAUAUUACUCCUGAUCGUCUUAUUUGUCCUGCUACAACCCAAAAUCAAGUCCUUCCACCACAGCAGACGUGAAACACAUGUGCCAGGGGAGCAAGUUUCCAUCAUGGUUGAUGGGGUGCAGGUAGCCCUUCCUUCGUAUGAAGAAGCUGUUUAUGGCAGUGCAGGAAAUUGUAUACCGUCUGCCAGCUCUCGUGUGCAGAUUGUGUUAUCUGAAGGACCAGGAGAAGAGCAGAAUAUACAGCAAGAAGUACUCGACUCUAGUAUACCAGGACAAUCUCUGGAGAAUACUCAUGCCACUGGCUCAGCCUUGGCACAUAAUUCACAAUGCACAGCUGGCAGCUCACAGCGAUCAGAGACUGUACUCGUCCAUCAGACUUCUUCCCAGUGGGUGUCUGGAGCACAGAGCAGGACACUGGGAAGGGAAGGAGCUGACUCUGAAAACAGUGAUGUGCAGAGUCUUCUUUCACUCUCCUCUGAGGAAUAUACAGAUGGUAAGUAG